ACUCAAAGAAGCCCACUUUUUCCUCUAGCUGUUUUGUAGAGGAUGAUUCAAAGACUCUUUGACUUCUAACCACACUUGGCCCAUCUUUUAACUUCCUAGUUCGGAAAGUUGACCAUGACUUUUCCAAAGUUGCAGAGCCUUCAUUUGACCUUAGCAAGUAGCAACCUCAUCCAGAACUACCGCCAUUUCUGAUAAUUCUUCACAGCCAUACAUGUAGAUCUCUUCUAAAAUUCAGAGGAGACUGAAAUCCCAUAUCUGCCGUUGCUCUUAGAUGGAUAAUCUCCUGAAGAAGCAUCUUCCUUUUGUUUGCCUGCUCGUGCUAGUACUCGCCCACCAUGGGCGAGGACUUACCGACUGUCAGGAAACAAGAUGCGGUCGCCAUGGCCCGAAGAUCAGAUACCCGUUCAGGCUAAAAGACAGGCAGCCGGCGACCUGUGGCUAUCCCGGGUUCGAUUUAACCUGCAACGAGAUGCAGCAGACGGUGCUCGAGCUUCCAAAUUCAGUGAAGCUUUACAUCCAGAAGAUUGACUACACAUCCCAGAGCAUCGUAACUGUUGACCCUAAUGGCUGCCUUGCAAGACAGGCUAGAAACUUCAACCUGUCGACGUCUCCAUUCCGAUACCAAGGGUUGUCCACUUUUGGAGUGGGGUAUGUCUUCUUCAACUGUUCAGCUGUGGAGAGAAACUUGUUCAACCAAGUACCCUGCCUGAGUACUCCGCGCUUCUACGAUGUUUAUGCCUUCAAUAGUCUCAUAAGUAUCAAUAAUUUGCCCCUGUCUUCUUGCACCAAGAUGUACACCAGUUUAUUGAUUCCAGACGAAGUAGUGAAUCCCCCAUUCAAAACACUGCAUUUGAACUGGACAGAACCAGGGUGUGGAGCUUGUGAAGCUCAAGGCCAGAGGUGUAGAUCGACGACGAACAGCUCAAUUGGAUAUGAAUGCUACGUUCCGCCAAAGGGGAAUCAAGGCCGCAGGAAGAUCAUGAUAGCAGUGAUUGUUGUUGGAGUUUUUCUGCUACUAGUAGGGGUUGGUGUCUCAUUCUACAUCUACCAUUCAAACAGAAUCGAGAUGGAAAACCAGGCCAAGAUAGAGAGGUUCCUAGCAGAUUACAAAGCUAUGAAGCCAGCAAGAUACUCAUAUGCUGAUCUGAAGCGGAUAACAAACACUUUCAAGGAUAAAUUGGGGGAGGGAGCUUACGGGACAGUGUUCAAAGGCAGGCUCUCCAGGGAAAUCCAUGUUGCUGUCAAAAUCCUCGCCAGCUCAACUGUGACCAAGAAAGGUGACGAGUUCAUCAACGAGGUAGGAACCAUGGCACGAAUCCACCAUGUCAACGUCAUCCGGUUGGUCGGAUUCUGCGCGGACGGGUUCAGAAGAGCUCUGGUGUAUGAAUUCCUCCCCAACGAAUCCCUGGAAAAGUUCAUCUUCUCUGCCACAGACGGCAGUAAUGGAUCUCACAUCCACAGCCUCGGCUGGGAGAGGCUGCUCGAAAUCGCGCUAGGGAUAGCGAAAGGGAUUGAAUACCUGCACCAAGGAUGCGACCAGAGAAUCCUCCAUUUCGACAUCAAGCCGCACAAUAUCCUGCUCGACCACGAUUUCAACCCUAAAAUAGCCGAUUUCGGGCUGGCAAAGCUCUGCGCCAAGGACCAGAGCGCCAUCACCAUGACCGCGGCUCGAGGGACCAUGGGAUACAUAGCUCCGGAGGUUUUCUCCAGAAACUUCGGCAAUGUCUCGUACAAAUCAGACGUGUACAGCUUCGGUAUGCUGCUGCUGGAGAUGGUUGGAGGGAGGAAGAACAACGAAGAAGCCGAUGUGAAUGGCGGCCUCCGCCAGGUCUACUUCCCUGAAUGGGUUUACGAGCAUUUGGAUAAAGGGGGAGAGUUUCGGAUUCGCAUCGAGGAAGAUGGAGACGCCAAGAUUGCGAGGAAGCUCACCAUUGCUGGCCUGUGGUGCAUUCAGUGGUACCCGGCGGAUCGUCCGUCGAUGACGGCUGUCCUUCAGAUGCUAGAAGGAGACGGUGAAGGUCUCUCGAUGCCGCCUAACCCGUUUUCUUCGGCGGGUGAUGGGAAGAUGGAAGGGGUAGCGAAAGGGAGCCGGAUUGCUCUGGAAUUGGAAGCCAUUUCUGAAGAAUGAAGUUCUUGAAGGAAUACUGUGCUGUUCUUAGCGGCAAACCGUCGAGCAUGUGGUGGGCAUUUCGAAUUUCAGUCUCAAACAAAAGUGGCGAUCGUUC